AUGAAUAAACUAAAUCGGAAUGAGAAACGAAAAAUAAAAUAGAUAUAUAGUCUCGCAUUGAAAUUUGUGGGGAUUUUAUUAAUAGGAUUCUUUAUGGUUUUAUAUUAUUUUAUUGUUUAUUCAUUUAUCUAUGACACUAUGUUAUUAUAUUAUUUGGUUUACAGGAAUAAAGUAUUAAUUAUUGUAUUGAUGUUGAUUGGAUUGAUUGAAGGUAAAUAGAGAAUUGAUAAUUUAGCAUUCAAUGUUAUAUUUAAUUAUGGGUUGGUAUUAAUAGUGUCUCCAGGAUUUACAUCAGAUAUAUUUAUAAAAAAAGAUGAUAAAGUAGAGGGUCCAUUUAUUUAUGAUCCAAUAAAAUGCUAAUUCAAUAAAUCAUAAAUAGCAAUAAAAUUAGAUCAAAGUACUUUAAAAUAUUGUGAUAAAUGUUGUUUACCAAAACCUUAGAGAACACAUCAUUGCAGUAUAUGUAAUAAAUGUGUAUUGAAAAUGGAUCAUCAUUGUCCAUGGGUUGGAUAAUGUGUUGGACAUUAGAAUCAUCGAUACUUUAUUUUGUUCUUAACUCAUAUUGUGAUAGGAACAUUUUACAUUUCAAUUUUGAAUUUAAAUAUAGUAAUGAGGUAUUGGUUUAACUGGAGAUAGCAAUCAAUUUCAAGAGUACAGAGUUUAACAAUCAAAAGCAUUUUCAUUAGUAUGGCCCUUAAAUAUUUCUUUGUUUUUCAUGUUAUCAGCUUUUUCAGGUUGGAAUUGGUAUUUGGCAAUGAAAGGAAUGACUACAUUAGAAUUUUGGGAUAAGAAUGAUGCAUUUAAAAAGAGUAAAAGAAUACAAAAUUUAUAAUAAAUCUUUGGAAAAGUUAAAAAUUGGAUUGAAAUAUUAUCACCAAGUGUUAGAGAUUUACCAUCAAAUGGAGUAAUAUGGUAUGAUACUUAAAUUGAACACUUAAAUGUCUUAAAUGAAUUAUAGUAAGAAGAGGAAGAUGAUGAAGAAAUGAUUAAUUGAU